UGUGCAGAUGGCUGUGGCGCCCUCUGCAAGGCAUGGGACAGAGCACCGAGAUGCGACUAGUUUCACACCGCUUGCUCUUUUUAUCGAAACAGCAGUGAUGCUCGCUCGUGUGCCCUUAGCGAUAAAACUGGUGUUUUGUGGGCUCGGACGCUUCCUCUAAACCGAAUGCUGCUGCAUGUUGAAUUGUCAACCAGUAACAAACUCGUUGAAGACAGAGCGUGCACUGCUCAGUCGUGGUGAGCAGCAAUGGCCGAAGAAAACACCGCAGGUCCGCCGUCUCCGUUGAACGCAGAGAAUGACACAGAGCCGAGUACAAGCGACACCGGAACCAAGGAAGCCUCUAACGUUGUGGAAGAGAACUUCAGUGCUACCGAAGAGUCAAUUAAGGAAGCCGAAGCUUCAGAGCGCCAGCUACCUGAAGAGGUGGGGCCAGUCCAGGCUUCAGAAAGCCAAGCAGACUUGGCGUCUGUGGAGACUCCGAGCACUCCACGCGUAAGCCAGGACCUCAAUGUGGUGGCUACAGCGGCUGUGGCGGCCCCGAUUGCGAAAGCUGAUGGAACUGGCCAAGACCACCCAGGAAGCAGGCGUGUCGGCGAUGAUUGCGGCGAGGUUAUCGGCCAUUCACACGACCUGGAAACUCCUCCCAGCACGCCGAUGGCUGGGGGAGCACGCGUUUGCGAGGGAUCUGCUGGGUCUUCGCCUCCGCAUGACGUGCGGGUUCUGCGUCGCCGACGACCUACGUGCGAAAGGCUUUACGACUGCGAAGAAUGUGCCAAGUCUUACGUUCAAAGGGGGCGGUGCCUCGCCGUUCACCGCCGCAGGUACACGUCUGAAUGUCUGUUUGAGUGCCCGGAGUGCGAUUCUCACUUCGUCCGCAGAGCAAGCUUAGACAGACAUCUCACGCUCGAUCAUCACAAAUGUCGUGUGUGCCCGGCCACGUUCCCGGAAAUUUCUGGACUGGCAGCCCACCUUAUCGCGCACUCGCUUGAUUUUAUGUGACCACGUUGCACGUGCGACUGUGAUUUCCUUGGCAAACGGCACGUUUGGUAGCCCUUGCGAAGACUCGACAUUUGUGGGUCCAAAGAGGUUUCUGGUAGGAAUUCUGCGCUUGAAGGAAUAAAAUAUUCAAUUCCUUCCGCAAAAAGAGUGAAAUGGCAUUGCAGAACAAUGUGCCAAUGGGUGUUACGAUGCCCGGGCAAGCUUCCGGAUGCAGUGCAUGAACUCGUCGAUGUUCCAAAUGACAAGAAUUUAAUGAGUUACAUGACAAGAAGCUGUUAUUACACUUUGCUUUGCCUGCCUCAUUCCAUGUAUACCGCGCUCUGAACAACUGCUAGAAUAUAAGGUUCCCUGCAAAGUUAACUACGCUGUUCUUUCUUUUAUUACUCAUGUGCAGCCCAAGAAUGCCUGCAUAGAAAUCAUGUGUCACCGCCGAAUGAACUUCUUUAGGAAUGUUUUUGACGGCUUUCAUUCCGAAAGUUUUUAUUCUUUUUGUUAUUGUUUUCUUAUCUGCUAAUGAAGUGUGAACCCUUAUUAUCCGUCGAGUAGAAAAAGGCAAUAAAUAUCUGAUGAAUUAUGAA